UAAUGUGAGGUACAAAGUGGAACGCGAGUUUCCUACCAGUAGUACAAAGAUGAUCAAGAGCUUGAAGGAAAAACCUCGCAUACCCUCGCCUUAAAACCUGUUAGAAUGCAAGAUUUCGGGUGCUAUAGAUGCCUGGCAACUCGUUUAGGUGAUGCAAGAGUGGAAGGGAAAUCAAACCCUGCAGAUCUGAACGUUACAUCACCUCAUGGAAAAACCAUUGGCAAGAUAAACACGCUCUGCACAUGGUACUAAUGACGAAGGAAUUCGAGGUACAGAAAUGUUCCCGUUCCCGUUCCCGUGACGAAAACGUACAAAAGAUGCUGCGAGAGAUGUCCUGUGGACAGAGUGACAAGAUGUUGUAGAUCUAGAAACAUUAGUCACCUUUUGAACACGUCAUAUUUGGUCAUGCCUCAGCGAAGUUCAAGUGUUUUUCCGCAGUGGACGCACAUUUGACAAAUUGUGGCUCGUAAACCUGGCUACCAUCAAGAUUGAAAGAAAUUGAGCAAACCGAUGUCACAGCGAAGAAAUGGCUCACAUAUUUACGUAGAAGAACCUAUUUCCUCGUGGAGAGAUUGAGAGCAUCAAAAAAUAUUGGUGAGUGUUUCAUUGUUUGAUACUAGUUAAAAGAACUCUCCCAAUGAUUCAAUGUCUCGACAACAGCUUAUUGUGCGAAGAUGUUUAAUAAACGCUCAGCAAGCUUCGUAUUCAUCGAACAAAUUUUUAGCAGUUCACGAAUAAAAUUAUUUGCGGUUCAAAGGAUAUUUGACUAAAACUGAUGGCCAGAACUUCUUUAUAGUUCAGAAUUUCAUCACACAGGCAUUUCAAAACCAAAUUUUUCAGUUCUUUAGGAAUCUAAUCCUAGAGAUUUCACGGGAUAAUGCAUUAGAUAUAUAGUUAAUUCAUAAUACUGAAACCCAUCUCACCCAGCGGGAUUCUUAAUUUUAUGAUAUGUAAGCAUGUUUUAACAAGUUUGUGCGGUUUAGGGCGUAAUCAAUGAUAAUCACGUUAUUGACCAAACAGGAGGUCGAGAUGGCUGGAUAUUGGCCGAGUCCGAGACGAAGUCGAGGUCCAUAAAACGCUAAAAAAAGAACGAGGCUAAUAUCCAGCCAUCUUGACCGAAUAAGCUUGGUCAAUAAAGGAUUUACUAUAAAGCAAAAGGAUCUCGCUUUGAUAAGAAUCAAGAAUGACUUGUCUAAUUCGAGAGCUGGGAAAGAAAGCUCACUGUUUCCCGAGCGGGCGAGAUGGCCAAUCAGAACACAGGAUUCGUUUCCUCUUGCCCACGCGUUCUGCGAGCUAUCUAAUCAGAAGAUUUGUCUUUGUCUUGUUCUUUUGUGAGCACAAGCACUGAUCUCUGACGGAGAAGAAAGGUAUCCAUAGACAUCAUGCUGAAACUCCAGUCUGAUGGCCUGAUGGCCGGUGUAGUUCUCUUUAGAGAGAAAAAGGUUGCAAGAAAUUCGUGGUUAAUCUUCAGAUACAGAAGUUUUUAUUUAGUUAAAUGCUAUGUGAACGUCAGCAUUGAACGAUAUUACCUUUGAUGGGUUACACGAGAAAAAAAGGAAUUGAAUUAAAGUGCAUAAGUGGAAAGCGUUCGCGAGAGGGUCAAAGAGUUCAUUGCUGUCAUUCUUAUCAUGAUUUACGAUCGAUGUAAAUGCAUUUUUGUGGGAACCCGCAUAGCAAAGGUCUGUCAGACUGCAUGAUUUAUUAUCUGAAUACAUUUUUGUGGGAACCCGCAUGUUAAUCACCAACUCCAGAUUUUCUCGUAGCACAAGGCAAAUUUGACUCCAAGUAAACGUCAUCAAUAAUUUUACUAUUGCUGACAAGGGUUGUGCAAAAGAUGUACAUGGAGUUGCCAGACUUGAUUCUACUAUCAUGCUAGGUUCAACUCAAACGAUAUUGUCACUGAGAGAAAGAAAAUAAAAGUAUCAUCUCUUACUCUAAAAUUAAAAAAAAGCAGGAGACAAAUAACAAAUUUGUCAGUAAAACACAGUAUACUAAUACUUGACUUCUUCGACAUGAGUGAAUUUGAAGAAGAGGGUAGACAUUGGAAAUUUUACGACAAACAUGAGUUAAGAGGACAAAUGUACUAACCUCAUUAAAAACUCUGUAGUAUUUGCAUUUUAGGAAUAAAACCUAAGUAUUCAUUGCCUAAAGAUCGGUGAGCAAGAAGGAAAUGCUCAUUUUCUGUAGAGAACCAUAAACAGAGGCCAUAAAGAGAUGCAGAAUAGCAGAGUGUCUCUGGGCGAUGAAGGUAAUUUCCAAAUGUAGGAAAAUUAUCUACUUUACUAUUCGUAUUACCUGACAGCUUAGUCUUCUGAUUAAACCCAAAUUCUCUGGAUGGCUUCUUCAGAUAACUUUGUGAUGGAAUAUUUGUAAUUUGUUUUUCUUAUUUCAUGGAAGGUUUGUUUGAUGGUUGAUUUGUUGUCUCGGUCGUUUCGCGGUCCUUUGUUUACUUUGAUGGUCAGUAUAAAGAUGAUUGGUCGCUCAAGCCACUUGGUUGAUUAAACUUAUUGGUUGACGGGAUAGUUAGCUUGAAUUGGUCAGCCGGUUGGCUGGCUAUUUGGUUGGUUCUUUGUUUGCAUGGUGGCGAGUCUUUUGGUAGGUUGUUUAGCUCUUUUGUUGAGUUUUUUUGACGGGACGAUUAGCUGGUUGGUUAGUUGUUUGGCUGGUUGAUUGCCUAGUGAACAAUCAUAUAAAUAUCAUAUUUCUGUUUGUAUAUAAAUGUACUAUGUAGUUCUUUUUUUCAUAUUUUCCUCCAAUUAAGAUUGUGCGGAGAGGAAUAAUGUUGAUCUCAGAAGAGUGACGGAGGUUUCUGUUGGAGCCCAUCAAAUGCUUUAUUCUGAAAUGGGACACCUCGAGACUCUUCAUAAAAAGCUUGAAACUUCCCGAGAACACGCAAAGAAGCUCUUACAAGGGAUGGAUGAAGUGAGAGGUAAGGUAACACCGCCAUGGUGUAUCCCAAGGCUCAAUUCUAGGCCCCUUGCUUUUUAUUGCCUACGUCAACGACCUUCCACUACAUGUGAGUUCUGCUGAAAUUGAUCUCUAUGCCGAUGACACGAUAUUGAUUUCUGCUGCUCAUUUUGAAAAUAUUGAUAACUUACAAAGUUCACUGACCACAGCGAUCUCCGAGGUCAACCAAUGGGCAACAGCCAAUAAACUUCCUCUCAAUGAGAACAAGACAAAAGUGCUUACCAUCACUGGUAAGCGACUCUCAACCAGAAUUGAACAUGAUCUUGAGGUUCUUAUUAAUGGAAAGCAACUUGAAAAUAUGCAAUUUGCAAAACUUUUGGAACUGGAGAUAGAUUAAGAAUUAACAUUUAUUCCUCAUAUUGAUAAAUUAUGCAAGAAAUUAUCGCAGAGAAUAGGUAUUUUGAAGAAGAUCAAAUACUGCUUACCACUAAAACAUCGCCUUCUAUUUUAUAAUGCUAUGAUGAGACCAGUAAUGGAUUAUGUAAAUGUUGUUUGGUCCAGCUAUGACAAACAUUGCCUUAACCGUGUCUUAAAGCUGCAGAAAAGGGCUGCUAGGAUUAUUUUAGAUGCUGAUUCUCGAUCCUCCUCUGCAAAGUUAUUUAACAAACUUAAAUGGUUACCUUUUUAUGAACAGGCCAAGAUAGCAAAAUGCUCCAUUGUAUAUAAACGGUUACAAGGAAAUGUACCUGCUUACUUAAAAACUUUGCUGAAACUUUCUAGUGAAACUCACUCACGAGAAACCAGAGAUGCAAAUUUUAAUUUAGCUUGUCAGAUCGUUAAACGUCAAAAGGAAGGAGGAAGAACUUUCACAGCGACAGCAUGUAAAACGUGGAACACCCUGCCACUAUCGACUUGAAAACUGGCCACCUUAAGUAGUUUUAAAACAUCACUCUGGAAGAGCAUUUUCAAUGACCAACAGAAUUAACGGAGAGGGAACAUGAUUUAAUGACGAGGGAGCUGCACACCUCCACAGAAGCCCGGGAAAAGGUCUCAGAGAUGAUAAGUGAACUUAGAGCAUCCGCCAAGGAAGAAAGAGAGUCAGUGAUGAAAGAGCUGGAAUCAUGCAGAGAAGCCAGAAAACAACUUUCACAAGAGAUGAUUGAACUUAGAGCAUCCAUGGAAAGGGAGAAGGAGUUAUUGACGAGAAAGCGGAAAGUCUACAAGGAAGCCGGAAAACUGGGGAUGAGUGAACGUGCAGCUGCAUCACCAUCAAAUGAAUCUGAUGAAACGGAUGCUUCCAGCCCGACGCUUUUAAGAAAAUUUACAGGACUCUUUGUUUCAUCCAAGUCGACAAGAUUGCGAAAGCAUUCACAACAAAAAACUCAACAGAAAGAGUUUGACGUAACCACAGAAGCAUCGACCGAGAGGAAAAAAGAAUCACUUGACAAAGAAAAGGACAACUCCGGAGAGGCGGAAAAACAGCUUUCAGAGGAGCUGAAUGAUUCAAGAGAUCAUUUCAAGGGACUAAUGGAAGACCAUGAAAGCGUCAAGGAAACGGAAAACCUUGGAGCUACGUCGCCAUCAAAUGAAUGUGUUGAGCUGGAUGCAUCAAGGUCAACGCUUUUCAAAAAGUUUAAAGGUUUUUUUGUCUCAUCAAAGUCAAGACGACAGAGAAGGUCUUCAAAUGAAAAAAAACAAAAAGAGCUUAAAGUUAACACCAAAGCUUCUUUAGGUACGCAGCUGUUAGCCGGCCCAAGUCAUGAAGACUAUCAUGAAUAUCGUCAAGGGCACAAUGAGAUAACAGACAUUCAGGAUAUUUUAGAAAAUGACGAAGUGGAAACGGGCACUACUGCCUUUGUGUCCGAUACACCACCGAGACCGAGAAAGAAGACGAAAAGCCGCUCAACUAAUGAUGCAACAAACUGUUCUCAGGACAGAGAAAGUGAUAACGAGGGAGGAAUGGUUUCAACCAGCCGUGCUAUUGAUAACCAUGUCAGACAAAAUCAUUUUGAAGCAGAAACCUCAAUGCAAUUCAACCAAACGACAGAUAGGCGGCAAAACUUCCACAAUGAUAGAGCUCUGCAGCAUUUUUCUGGAUAUUACAACGCUUGUAGCUAUUUCAUUGGUCCACAAAUAUACGCUGAUCAAUUACCGUACACAGGUCUAGGACAACUACUACCAAUGCGCCCUUCCAAGUCUUUACCAAGUCUACUAUGUGAAAGGGACAUUAUUCCCCCUCGCGACCAGAGCGAGAUAAAGAUCGAGCUGCAGCCCAAAUCCCAAAAAAAACAGGAAGGUACGAAAGUUAUUUUCGAAUUAAAAGUUCAGCAGCCUGAUAAAUAUUCCUAUCAGUGGCUAAAAGAUGGAGCCGAAUUGCUGGGAAAGUGCGAUGCCACCCUUAUCCUUGAUCAUGUUGAGCUCCGUGAAUUUGGCUGGUACACAUGUCUAGUUAAUUCGCAAGAAAAUUCAGGAAUCAACUGCGAAUCACCACGGGUAUGGCUGGAUGUUGUCCCUAAAGUCCAGAGUGGAACAAGACUAAAAACAUUUCAAGAAGUAGACAUAACAACUUGUGAUAGAAUAGCUUUUUUUCUCGAUAAACAAGUCCCAUAUGGUGUUGGCGGCACUAGACAGGCGGCUGCUGUGUUUGGCAUGAAUGAGGACAUGAUUGGAGCACUUGGAACAUGCAAGACCCCUGGACAAGAGGUCAUCGAAUUUGUGAAGGCAACCAAACCAGAUAUAACAGUUUACACACUUUGUAAACAGUUAAAGGGCGACAAAAUGAGGCGUAUUGAUAUCGCAAAGAUCUUAGAGAACCAUCUUACAAUCAUUACUGAAAGUGAAGUCUAGUUUAAAAGCUAUAUCUCAAAAUUUAACUUAAUUUUAAAAACAGUAAUAUCCCUCACGAACAUGUUCUAAUUUUCUAGUUUCUUUUAGCGCAUACUUGAAGUUUCUGAUCAAUAGAUUAAAGUUCUGAUAACAAAUGUUUAAUCCUUUGAGGUCAGUUGGCCCGCAUGUUCGCUCAUGGCUACCCGUAGUGAAUGUAAGGAGGUGUACUGUAGAGUUCAGAGUCAGUCGACCGUAAGAGUCAGUCUGAGUUAGGAUUAUUAUUCAGAGUCUUUAAGGGUGGUAAAAGAGAAGAAAAGAGACAAAAGUGCAUCUUCUUUAAGAAUAUUUUCGAAUAAUUGUAUUAGAGAAACAAGGAUUGGAGAAGACUGGAAAGGACAGAACGGUGUCUUUCGUGCCUUCCGUUAUGCGUCGUACCGUCAGCGGAUUGCCGCGCUUAAACCAAUGAAUCUCGAAUUACAAUUCUAAAACUAGGACACCUAAGAUUUAAAAUAAGCAACAUAACUGUCUUAAAAAAAAAUUCCCAAAAAAGAUUUUCUGACAUCAAAUGAAAUUGUAGUAACGAAAUGAACCCAAAGGAAAUAAAAUGAAAUUCCAAAAAAACA